GAGGGGCUGGUCUGGAGGUGGGAGGAGGGCGGAACAGCCAAGGAGGAGAGAGAGGCUCAGGAGGGCGCGAGGAAGUGUCUGAGCAGAGGCUGGGGCCGCUGGAGGGAAGCCUGCAGGAGCCAGGCCUCCUCCUCCCGGGUCCUGGGAGCUGCUGCGGCCGCCGCGAGAAGCGCUGGACACCUCCGGCCCUGCCGGCUCGCCUCCCCGAGGCUGCCAGCCGGAGCUCAGGGUGCUUGGCUGAGCCCGGUACCCCGGGGUGGGAGCCCGGCUGACCUCUGCGCGCCGCAGCAUGGAAGACGGUGGCGAGUACGACGGCUACUAUGGGGCGGACAACCAGUCUGAGUGUGAGUACGCCGACUGGCCGCCCUCCGGCGCCCUCAUCCCCGCCAUCUACAUGGUGGUCUUCGUCCUGGGCACGGCGGGCAACGGCCUGGUGCUCUGGACCGUCUUCCGCAGCGGCCGCGACCGGCGGCGGGCGGCCGACGUCUUCAUCGCCAGCCUGGCGGUGGCCGACCUCACCUUCGUGGUGACCCUGCCGCUCUGGGCCACCUACACCUACCGGGACUACGACUGGCCCUUCGGGGCCUUCGCCUGCAAGCUCAGCAGCUAUCUCAUCUUCGUCAACAUGUACGCCAGCGUCUUCUGCCUCACCGGCCUCAGCCUGGACCGCUACCUGGCCAUCGUGAGGCCGGUGGCCAACGCCCGGCUGCGGCCGCGGGUCGGCGGCGCCCUGGCCACGGGCGGCCUGUGGGCGCUGGCCGGCCUGCUGGCCCUGCCCGUGCUGGUCUUCCGCGCCACGGGCGCCGUGCUGCAGGCGGAGAACGCCACCAGGGUGCAGUGCUACAUGGACUACUCACUGGUGGCCGGCCCCGACGCCGAGUGGGCCUGGGAGGUGGGCCUGGGCGUCUCGUCCACCGCGCUGGGCUUCGCGGGGCCCUUCGCCGUCAUGCUGACCUGCUACUUCUGCAUCGGCCGCACGGUGGCCGGCCACUUCGGCAAGGAGCGCGCGCGGGGCCUGCGCAAGCGCCGGCGGCUGCUGGCCAUCAUCGCGGUGCUGGUGCUCACCUUCGCGCUGUGCUGGCUGCCUUACCACCUGGUGAAGACGCUCUACGUGCUGGGCAGCCUGCUGCGCUGGCCCUGCGCCUUCGACCUCUUCCUCAUGAACGUCUUCCCCUACUGCACCUGCGUCAGCUACGUCAACAGCUGCCUCAACCCCUUCCUCUACGCCUUCUUCGACCCCCGCUUCCGCCAGGCCUGCGCCUCGGUGCUCUGCUGGGGCCGCCGGGGCUGCGGCGGCGCCUGGCGCGCGGGCGGCGGCGGCGGCGGUGGCGGCGGCCGGGGCGGCGGCGGCGGCGGGGACAAGUCGGCCAGCUCCUCCUCCUCGGCGUCGUCGGGGCAGAGCCAGGGCCCCGGGCCGGGCGGCGCGGGGAAGGGCGGGGAGCCGACGCCGGAGAAGUCCAUCCCCUACAGCCAGGAGACCCUCGUGGUGGACUAGGGCCGGGGUGCCCCCGCCCGGGCCCGGGGCCCCUUGCUGUCUGAAGGGCGGGGAGCUGGCGAGGGGGCGGGGGCGCCCCUUCUCUCGUGCCCUCCACUCCUCUCUCCUCCCCGCGUCGGUCUUGUCCUGCUUUCCCCCGGGGAAGUGCUUCUUCAGAGGUUUGUGAUUUUAGAGGGAAAGAGAUGGAAGCCCGCAGACCCCGCGCUCCGCCACUCAGUCUCCGCGAGACUGACCUUGCCCGGCUCUGAAAUCCUCCCAGCCUCAGUUUCUCUCCGUGCGGAUAAAACCGAGAAACUGAAAUGAUGUGCGCCCCGGCUCCAUCAAAGUUCAUUCCAUCACCCUCCUCCCCUCCCCGGCCCCUGAAACUGAAAUGAUGUGCGCCCCGGCUCCAUCAAAGUUCGUUCCAUCCCCCCCCUCCCCUCCCCGCCCCCUGAAACUGAAAUGAUGUGCGCCCCGGCUCCAUCAAAGUUCAUUCCAUCCCCCACCUCCCCUCCCCGCCCCCUGAAACUGAAAUGAUGUGCGCCCCGGCUCCAUCAAAGUUCAUUCCAUCACCCCCUUCCCCUCCCCGGCCCCUGAAACUGAAAUGAUGUGCGCCCCGGCUCCACCAAAGUUCAUUCCAUCCCCCCCCUCCCCUCCCCGCCCCUGAAACUGAAAUGGUGUGCCUCCCGGCUCCAUCAAAGUUCAUUUCCCCCCAGCGUCUUCCUGAUCUCCAGCUUCCCCCACCGUUUCCUUUUGGUUUUCGCCCCCUUUUCCUCCUUCUGUUCCCCUCCCCGCCCCCACCAAGUGCAAUUUCUCCUCUGAAUCCUUACCUUUUGGCUCCCACAUCCUCCCCCACGGCUCCUCCGCCUCCCCCCUCUGUCUCUCUCUUUUUACCUCCUUGUUCUGAAGGGGCCCUAAGGGUUAAGGCGUCUGAAGCUUGCAGACACACUGCCCGGUUCAGGCUCUUUGUCCCUGAGGCCCCGGGGAGGGAAUGGACCUGGCUGAGAAUGGCUGGAUGUCAGCAAAGUUGCAGCUCCUGACUCUGCAGCUGUGAGCUCCAGAGCUUCACUCCAGCUUGGAUGGGUUCACGAGCAUUUCAGGCCCUGGAGGUCGAGCGAUGCGUGAAGGGGGCCUCCCUUCUUGCAGCCCACUGACUAGACACUCUUUCUACAUGUGUCCUUAGCCCCUUUUAUUCAUCCUCUGUUUUCCGCAGGGACGGGAAGGCAGUGGGGUUGGUGCAGCAGCAGGCUCCUUGGUUUCACGGUAUGAGCGGGGAGUUGGGAAGCGGAAAGGAGAAAGACGGGGCAUCCGCGUUUGGUCUAAAGGCUGCUCGGGCCCCCUCCCCAAAUCCUCAUCUCCAACCUCCUCCAGACCGGUGAGCAGCCGGCCUCUCCCUGUCUCUCCAUCCGACAUCCCCAGGACAUUCUUCUUGGGCGCUGUCCUGAGUGGCUGCCAAGGGUCCCUUUGAUGGGGCGGGGGGGGGGGACGCCCGCUUUGUGUGUGUGCACGUGUGUCAACAAGGAUGGGCGUAACCUGAAGAGCUGGGUGCCUGGGUCACUUGUCCCUUGGAUGAACACCCCCUGCUCUGCACAUCUCUGCUCUUCACACAGUAUCCUUGAGGGAAGAAGGGACAUCGGAGGCAAUUUAGAAUGAGUCCACCCCCACUGGUUUGGGGGGCUCUGACGGCUGGUCCGUGCGUUAAGAGAGAAGUGUGAGUGUGCACCCAGGCUCCCUGUAGGGAAUCCCUCCUCAAGGCAGCUGGCGUGCAAAGCUUAAAGAAGUCCUGGAACCUGGGUCCCUCUGCCACAGUCCCUGGUUCCAAGGGGGAGAUGGGAGAGAGCUUCAGAGGUUCCCUUGACUCCUUUCCCACGCCUGCCAACCUUGUUUUGAAUUUAUAAGCAUUUUCUUCAGCACCCUUUGUUUUUCCAGGGUCAGUGGCCCUCUUCCUGGUGGGGGUGGGGGGCGGUGGCUGCCUGGGGUGGAAAACCCUGGGUGGGUUUUUGCUGACCUCCCCAUCAGGGUGGGACCCCCGUGGCCCCUCCUGCUGGGUUGGGGGGCUGGGGCCGGGUGCUGGGGCAGACAGGACAGCCACAGCGCCAGAGGAUGGAGGCCUCGAGGAUGGAGAUGCUGGCGGGGCCUUUGUGGGCCCAGGGCGCGGCGUGUGUAUUCCGGGUUUUGUUCUUGGAGGACGCAGAUCGUAAAGGACAAGACAGGAGCCGCGGGGGCAGGAAGAAGCCAGCUUGAUGUCAGUGGAUGUGCUGACCUUGGCUGGAAUGGAGCCAGCUCCAGAGGCAGAGCGCGGGGUGGAUGGAACGGGCUUCUCUCAGCUCACUCCUUCCAUCUCCAGCCAGGGUCUUCACAGACUCAUGUUCUCAGCCCAGGGCUGUCCCCAGAGCAUCCAGGCGAGGCUGGAGGAAGCUUCCAGAAGGGAGGAGCGGCCUCCUCUGAGGCCCCAUCGGUGGUCCUGGACAGAUGGUGGAGGAGGCAGCCGCUGCUCCGCGCGCCCCUUCUUUGGAAUGUCUGUGCUAUUUUUUGACCCUGUUAGUCACUGCGGUUCAUGAAAAAUAAAUCUUUCUGUGUGUGUGUGUGU